UGGAGGAGUUAAGAACUGAUGGAGGAGUCAGAACUGAUGGAGGAGGAGUCAGAACUGAUGGAGGAGUUAGAACUGAUGGAGGAGUCAGAACUGGUGGAGGAGUUAGAACUGAUGGAGGAGUUAGAACUGAUGGAGGAGUCAGAACUGAUGGAGGAGUCAGAACUGAUGGAGGAGGAGUUAGAACUGAUGGAGGAGGAGUUAGAACUGAUGGAGGAGUUAGAACUGAUGGAGGAGUUAGAACUGAUCGAGGAGUCAGAACUGAUGGAGGAGUCAGAACUGAUGGAGGAGUUAGAUCUGAUGGAGGAGAGCGGGGUCACGUCUGAUUAUUAGACGGUAGUUUGUUUGGUCCAUGUGGAGUUUGUUUGGUCCAGGUGGAGUUUGGUCCAGGUGGAGGUUGGUCCAGGUGGAGUUUGUUUGGUCCAGGUGGAGUUUGGUCCAGGUGGAGGUUGGUCCAGGUGG